UAAGACUUUGUCGACCACUUUUCAGAGUUUCACAGCCAGCAGGUGCCCGUCACUAUGUGGUCGUGGUUUGGCGGCGGCUCUGCUCAGCAGCGGAAGGAUGCGCCUAAAAAUGCCAUCCUUUCCCUGCGCCAACAGCUCGAUAUGCUUCAGAAACGAGAGAGGCAUCUGGAGAACCAAAUGGCGGAACAGGAUGCUAUUGCCCGGAAACAUGUCACCACAAAUAAGAACGCUGCGAAGGCUGCCUUACGACGGAAAAAAGGGCAUGAGAGAUCCCUCGAGCAAACAAGCGCUCAGAUAAUUCAGAUUGAGCAACAAAUAUCAUCUAUCGAGGCCGCCAAUAUCAACCAAGAGACUCUCCUCGCGAUGAAGAAUGCUGGAAAUGCCAUGAAACAGAUCCAUAGUGGGCUUACGAUCGAGAAAGUAGACCAGACCAUGGACGAACUACGAGAACAACACGCACUCAGUGAAGAGAUCGUAAACGCCAUAACAAGCAACUCCAUAGGCGAACCACUAGACGAAUCGGAGUUGGAGGCAGAGCUCGAGGGAAUGGAACAAGAGCAGAUUGACGAACGAAUGCUCAAAACUGGGACUGUGCCAGUCGCAGACCAACUGGGUACAUUACCAGCGGCAGCAAAUGGACCUCUCAAAGGCAAAGAAAGAGCCACGACAGAAGAGGAAGACGAGGAAGCGGAACUGGCAAAACUGCGAGCAGAGAUGGCCAUGUAACUUGCAGCACCAGCGCUCUAUUUCGUAUUUUUAUCAUUUACCAUGAGAAUGGGGAAUAAGGCAAUAAUAAAUAAACCACUUGAUUUAUUCAACGGUGUACAUUUUGGGGCACGAAAUCCGCAGAGAACUAGAGACCAGACCCUUCUGCUUCCUUCAGAAUCUCAAUCUCACCUGACUCGCCCUUCAGCUUUGACCUCUACCCGCUACUUCGAUGUUGAUAACUUCUUUGCGAUUCGUGGCAUUAUCGGCGAUCAGCAGCGCAAAUCCUAUAUCCGUGCCGCUUCUCCAGAGCAUUGCUCUGUCGUAGCUAUAUUAUGGGCGUCCAUGGCUCUAUUUUUUUUUUUUUCCUUUUUCGUGUGCGUGUGUUUCAUUUGUGCUUGUGUGUUCUAAUUUUUCCCGCCUUGUAUUGCUGAUCAUGUAGUCUCUUAUCUUCCUGGUUACUUGCAUCUUGUAGCCAUCUCUCUUUUUGCUCAGCCAUGGAUAUAACGAUAAGAUGGGUAAUUUUCCUCCCAG